AUGGGGGCGAAGCGGAGUGAGUACGAUGCGGAGAAAUGGGAAGAGGGGAAGAAGCACAAGUACGGCAAGGAGGAAAUGAACGGAGGGGGCCAGCUAUCGGGAAAUGUUGAAUACGACCUGGAGAUAGAGACCCGGCUGGAGGAUGAGGACUCAGCCAACCACGUAGGAAAUGGCCCAAUGGACACACUCAGACGGAACCACAAUCACAUAAGCAUAGAUACCCUAAAAGAAGAAGUAGUCCAGAACGACUUCAAUAAUGAUGAUCUAGAUGACAAAACGCUAGGAUUGGUAAAAGACAAAUCCAUCAAAAGAAGAGAAAAUGAAUUUCAGAGGAGGAAGUAUGAUUAUGUUAUGUCUCCGGGGAGAGCUGAUCCGUUUGGAGAGAAGAGCCCAUCCCCAGGGGAGAGAACGUACGCAGAUGUGAUGAUGGAUAUAAAUAAUGAGAGUUACAAAAUGAAGCUUUCCAGUGGUGGUACCAAGGCGGGUGCAAAGGAUAUCGGAGGAGGGGGCAAUAGAAAGAUGCGGUGGGGUGUCACAGAAGGUGAUGUUAACGGGAGAGAACCGGGGGAGUCAUCUACAUCCAAUAAAGCAAAUGAAAUGAUGAAAAAAGAACAAGGAAAAAGUAAGUGGGGGGCCUUAUCCGAAGAGGAGAACAAAUCCAUGAGCUUUGGUAAUAUGCCUACACCUGCACCGUCUAAGUGGGUUGACACGCCCUUUGUACUGAACGACGGGGGUGCAGUAAAGAAGAAAAAAAUUUCGAGAUGGGACAAAGUCGGGGAUGGGAAUACUACGUCAGGGGCAGAUAAUCUCGCGCAAGCUGACAUGAUGAAAACGCCAAAGGUGGUGGCACCUGGUGGAUUAGUAGGAACUGGCGGGGCCACCCCCGGAGGUAUGAUGAAAACACCAUAUCUCAUGCCCGGAAGCGGAAAUUUCGUAAACACGCCAUAUGUGUUGAACCAAUUAGGUAAAACUCCUACAAUGCUCACACCAAUGACCCCAGGAAUGACAUCGGUAUCCAUUGACUCGAUAAUAAAAAUGAAAAUAAAGAAUGAAAUGGAGAUGCGAAAUAGGCCAUUAACAGAUGAAGACCUGGAUGAACUACUUCCCUCCGAAGGGUAUGAAAUAGUGCAACCUCCAGAAGAAUAUGAGGCUAUAAGAAGGAAUAAAUUGAAAGUAUUUUUUAAGACAAUGGCAACUACGGUGGGAACUCCCCUUCUGAUGGGUAGUGCAGCCAUUGGAAGAGUUACCACUUCUGUGGAGGAUGACAAAACAGGUGAUCAUCACUCGGCGGGAGUGAUGCAGACACCUUAUUCAAAUAACAACAUGAUGAAUAGCACACUGAUUAGUGGAACGAUGCCAAGUGGCACGCCCUUUUACGAAAUCCCAAGCACCACCACAAAUCAGAUGAAGGACACAGAGGGAGGAGAUGCACAGACGAUCCUACAGAGUAGCCAGUUCCAAAUAAACAACCCUCAAUUAUUAAGCGAGUUAAAAUAUGUACAAUUAAAAAAUGAAGAUUUUAUCUAUUUCAACAAAUUAUUUGAAACGGUUGAUGAAAGUGAUUUAUCACAGGAGGAGUUGAAGGAAAGAAAACUAAUGAUCCUUCUACUUAAGAUUAAGAAUGGAACUCCUUCUGUUAGAAGAGCGGCUUUAAGGGCUAUCACAGAUAAGGUGAAGGAGCUAGGUCCAGAAACUCUUUUCAAUUUAAUUCUACCCUUGAUGAUGCAGAACACGUUGGAGGAUCAGGAGAGACACCUUUUGGUGAAAGUUAUCGACCGAAUACUUUUCAAGUUAGAUGAUUUAGUCAGACCAUAUGUACAUAAAAUAUUGGUCGUCAUUGAGCCUUUACUAAUAGACGAGGAUUAUUAUGCGAGAGUAGAAGGAAGAGAAAUAAUAAGUAACUUAGCUAAAGCUGCAGGUUUAGCUACUAUGAUUGGUAUUAUGAGACCAGAUAUAGAUCAUCCAGAUGAGUAUGUGAGGAAUACUACAGCCAGAGCAUUUGCCGUUGUUGCAUCUGCACUUGGUAUUCCAUCAUUGAUUCUGUUUUUGAAAGCUGUUUGUCAAUCGAAAAAAAAUUGGGAAGCUCGACAUACAGGAAUUAAAAUUGUUCAGCAGAUUGCUAUUCUUAUGGGUUGUGCGGUUUUGCCGCAUCUGAGACAACUGGUUUCGAUUGUGGCACAUGGGUUGCAUGAUGAACAACAGAAGGUAAAAACGAUCACUGCACUUGCUAUAGCCGCAUUAGCAGAGGCUGCGGCACCUUAUGGAAUCGAAGCAUUUGAUUCUGUUUUGCGACCCCUAUGGAAAGGAAUUGCUGAACAUAGAGGAAAAGUGCUAGGUGCGUUUUUGAAAGCUAUCGGAUUAAUUAUCCCUUUAAUGGAUCCAUAUCAUGCAAGUUACUAUACAAGGGAAGUGAUGGUUAUCCUUAUUAAUGAGUUCAAUUCUCCAGAUGAAGAAAUGAAAAAGGUUGUUUUGAAAUGUGUGAAGCAGUGUAUACAGACGGAGGGUAUUGAAAAAGAUUACAUUAACGAAGAAGUGGUGAACCCAUUUUUUGAGAAAUUUUGGGUUCUAAGAAGUAGUCAUGAUAAGAGGAAUCUACAUCUGAUAGUGGAAACGACAGUCGAAAUUUCAAACAAAAUAGGAGGAGCAGCUGUCAUUGCCAGAAUCGUGGAUGACUUGAAGGAUCCAUCUGAACAGUUCAGAAAAAUGGUUAUGCAAACUAUACAGAGCAUUGUUAAUAAUCAGGGGGUAGACGAUAUAGAUCAAACAUUAGAGGAGCAACUCAUCGAUGGAAUUCUCUAUGCUUUUCAGGAGCAAGCUUCAGAGGAUUAUUACAUCCUUCUCAAUUCCUUCGAUGCGAUUGUAAAUAAAUUGCAAGUUCGAAUGAAGCCCUACUUGCCACAAAUAGCAGGAAUAAUCAGAUGGAGACUCAAUACACCAUUGCCGAAGAUUAGGCAACAAAGUGCUGAACUCAUUUCCCGAAUUGCAAAUCUAAUGCAUCUAUGUGGAGAACACCAAAUGUUGGGUCAUCUGGCUUUGUAUUUGUAUGAAUACUUGGGGGAGGAAUAUCCCGAAGUUUUAGGAAAUAUAAUCGGUGCGUUAAAAUCUAUUGUUGUUGUUUUAGGUGUACAGCACAUGACUCCACCGAUAAAGGAUCUGCUACCAAGAAUAACUCCGAUUUUGAAAAAUAGACAUGAGAAGGUACAAGAAAAUGUAAUCGACCUCAUUGGAAUUAUUGCAGACAAGGGAGGAGACUUGGUCUCCCCAAAGGAGUGGGAUCGUAUUUGUUUCGACUUAAUUGAAUUGUUAAAGUCGAAUAAAAAAUUAAUUAGGAGAGCAACAAUCCAAACUUUUGGAUAUAUAGCCAGAACGAUUGGACCAUUUGAAGUUUUAACGGUUCUAUUAAAUAACUUAAGGGUUCAGGAAAGACAACUGAGAGUGUGUACCACGGUUGCCAUUGCGAUAGUAGCAGAUACGUGCCUGCCCUAUUCGGUGCUAGCAGCACUAAUGAAUGAAUAUCGAACCCAGGAUCUCAACGUACAGAAUGGAGUGUUAAAAGCUCUAUCCUUCAUGUUUGAAUAUAUUGGUGAAAUUGCAAAGGAUUAUGUGUACGCAGUAGUACCUCUGCUCGAGCAUGCUCUCAUGGAUAGAGAUUUAGUUCACAGACAAAUUGCAACGUGGGCAUGCAAGCACUUAGCUCUUGGUUGCUUUGGACUGAACAGAGAAGAUGCACUCAUCCAUUUGUUAAACUACGUGUGGCCAAAUAUAUUUGAGACUUCUCCACAUCUGAUUCAGGCAGUCAUUGAUUCUAUUGAUGGCUUUAGGGUGGCCCUGGGGCCUGCUAUCAUCUUCCAGUAUCUAGUGCAGGGUAUAUUUCACCCCUCUAGAAAGGUACGCGAAAUUUAUUGGAAAAUCUACAACAACGUUUAUAUCGGCCACCAGGAUAGUCUCGUCCCCAUCUACCCCCCGUUUGAGCAUCUCGAUGAUAGCAACUUCGCACGCGACGAGCUUCGCUAUACGUUGUGA